CCCUCCCCCCCUCUCCUGCACAUUGCUUGUGCGCAAUAUCCAGCAUGUGAAGCUCGCGUGCGUUUUGUGCGCUAAUCACAGCUCCGCGCGCGCUCCGAUUUCCUGCUCAGGUUCACGGAUUUACUGAGGAUAAAAACGCAGAUGAGCAGGAGCAGGAUUGUCGGAUGAGUGGUGAGACAUCUCUCCUCAGAAGACUGAGGGCUGAAACUACUUACAGGGCAGUUCAAUUCUCAUUGGCCCACUUGCACAUUAUAAUGAAUAUUUAAAAAUUGUCCACACCUCCUGCCAUUCCAGUGCUGAUAAAUCAGAUUUUUUGGAAUAAGGGGGAAGGACAUGACUCAUUGGCCAUGUGGGCUGCCAUGUUAACAGGCCUCUGUAGCCCCUUUCCCCUCAUCUGGUUAGUCCAGCUUUUAUUAUGGCCAUAUUUCAGUGGACCCCAGCUGGCUGAGGCAACUCCUCCAUGCCCUGCCCCCUGUAGCUGCUCCAAUCAGGCAAGUCGGGUGAUUUGUACGAGAAAGGGACUGGAUGAAGUCCCACAAAGUAUCUCAGUCAACACACGAUACCUCAACCUGCAGGAAAACUCUAUACAGAUGAUCAAAUCUGACACCUUUAAACACCUGAGUCACCUGGAGAUCCUUCAGCUUUCAAAGAAUCACAUUCGUCAGAUUGAAGUCGGGGCAUUUAAUGGCCUCCCAAACCUGAUCACACUUGAGCUUUUCGAUAAUCGUCUGCCAUUGGUCCCAUCACAAGCAUUUGAAUAUCUCAGUAAACUGCGUGAACUCUGGCUGCGGAAUAAUCCAAUAGAAACUCUCCCAGCCUAUGCUUUCCAUCGCGUACCUUCUCUCCGACGUCUGGACCUCGGCGAACUCCGAAAGCUUAGUUUCAUCUCAGAAGCAGCCUUCGAAGGAUUGGUAAACCUCCGCUUCCUGAAUUUGGGAAUGUGUGGAUUGAAAGAUGUUCCAAACUUGACGCCACUUGUGAAACUAGAGGAACUUGAACUUUCUGGGAACCAGCUAGGUGUAGUCCGUCCAGGAUCAUUCCAAGGUCUUGUUUCGCUACGCAAGUUGUGGCUUAUGCACUCACGCAUCUCACUAAUUGAACGCAAUGCUUUUGAUGAUCUGAAGAAUCUAGAGGAACUUAAUCUUUCCCACAAUUCCUUGCAUUCACUGCCGCAUGACCUGUUUACCCCACUGCAGCAGCUUGAAAGGGUUCACCUGAACCACAAUCCUUGGGUUUGUAACUGUGAUGUUCUCUGGCUCAGCUGGUGGUUGAAAGAGACUGUACCAGAUAACUCCACAUGCUGCGCCCGUUGCCAUGCUCCACCUGGCACCAAAGGACGCUACAUCGGAGAUCUGGAUCAGAGAGACUUCACUUGCUAUGCCCCUGUGAUCGUGGAGCCUCCAACUGACCUGAAUGUGACUGAGGGAAUGGCAGCAGAGCUGAAAUGCAAAACUGGAACAUCCAUGACCUCUGUGAACUGGUUGACCCCUAAUGGAACCCUGAUGACCCAUGGUGCUUACAAAGUACGAAUCUCAGUAUUACAUGAUGGCACCCUGAACUUCACUAAUGUCACCAUGCAGGAUACUGGGCCAUACACUUGCAUGGUGACUAACUCUGCUGGAAACACCACGGCUACCGCUGUCCUCAAUGUGUCUGCCUCCGACCCUGGCAAUGGAUACAGUUAUUUUACAACAGUCACUGUGGAAACUGUGGAAACAGGGCAGGAAGUUCAUGACUCUGCUCGGCAAUUUGUCAAUGAGACCUUUAUCGGUUAUCUAGGCCCAACAGCAUCAUCAGGCUCAACAGGACCUUCUGGAUCGGUACCAUCUUCCCUGUCACCCCAUGUUACUCGUGCUCCAGAGCGCCCUUUCACAGUCUCCAUCACUGAUGUUGCUAAUCUUUCAGGACUUGAGGAUGUAAUGAAGACAACAAAGAUUAUAAUUGGCUGCUUUGUAGCCAUCACUUUUAUGGCUGCUGUGAUGCUUGUGGUUUUCUAUAAACUGCGGAAGCAGCACCAGCUGCACAAGCAUCAUGGUCCUGCCCGUACCAUUGAGAUCAUCAAUGUUGAGGAUGAAAUGGGGCCAGCAGGGGGUGCCAGUGGUAUCGCAGGUGGCUCUACCCUUCACUCCGGGGCAGGCCCAGGAACUGGUGGAGGACCUGGAACAAAUCUUCGAAUCCACGACCCUGAAAUUAUCACACUGCCCAACAUUGGGCGCUCAGAUCAUGUUAAUCACUACUACAAAUCACACCACUUUAACAACAACAUCCUGGGACUUAACAUGGGAGUGGGCCAAACUGGCAACAAGACAAGCCCCUCAUCUAAAAAACAGGCCCCAUCCACCAAUCAGACAGCCACAUCUGUCGACUCAACUAAUGCUGGAUCUGUCUCUCCACCAUUACCGAUUCCAAUCCCAAUGACGAUGACUUUCCAUGGAACACUGAAGAGCUUAAGCCACACCCCCAGCUCUCAAAAUGAGCCUCUGCUGUUGUCCAAUGGGUCCAAGGAGAGUGUUCAGGAGACACAGAUAUAAACACACUCACAAACAAAUACACACUAAAGUGUUAAGGAGCCAGUGAAUAUCAAUAUAUGGACAUUUAUGGAAGUCUGAACUCUGAGGAUUAUGAAAUCAAACAUCGUUUGUACAAAGAAAUGUGACGGAAUUGGCACUACUGCGAGAUGUGCCAAAGUAAACGCCUUUUGUUUUGCAGUUUCUACAAAGUUGUAUCUGUGUAUAAAAUAUAGUCUAUAAUCCAAGUAGCGUUAAUUCCUUACGUGUUGUUUUGCCACAGGCGAGGAACACUGAAGAAACUGUACGAAAUCACACAUGCUUACAGAGGAGAACAUACAGAUCUGUCUCCUUCCACCAUUUAUGUGUGAUAUAGAUUGUGAGUUUAUACUAAAACUGAAACAGACUUUAGUCAUCAAAACACACACACACACACACACACACACACACACACACACACACACACACACACACACACACACACACACACACACACACACACACACACACACACACACACACACACAUCCAUUCACUCUCUGACUGCUGAGCUGUAGGAUUUUAAUGCACAAAAUGAGCCUCGGUUUAUUAACCGAACCUUCAAAUACACUUGAUGGUACAUGAGUACAUGUAAAGAAAGUGUGUGUGUGUCGGUGUGUGUGUGUGUGUGUGGGGGGGGGGGGGGUGUAUGUGAACAUUCUGUAAACAAAUUGAGUUUCUUGUUGCGUUUUCAGAAGUUUUCUGUCUUCGUCAUCUGUCAACAUUAACGUGAAAGUACAUUUUAUUUUCACCGCAGCAACGAACACAAACACAUCAAUAAACACACAUCAUACACACAGAGUGCAAAAGUAAAUACUUUCAACACACACACAGGGAUAUCUCAUUGCCAAAUAACGCAGCUGCUCAAGUGGAUUUUCUGAGUUUAUUAAAAUCACCUGUUUGUAGUGUCUAAAACACGUUUUCCAAUAGCAUCUUGACACCGAUUUUAAACCGAAACACUGACCUUUAAUACUUAAAAAAAAAAAAAAAAAUCAGGGAUAGAAAUGAAGACUGAAAAUAUGGCUUAUGUGUGCACAGUUAAAUAGAUCCACAAGAUACCAAAUCUAGGUCAUAAAAUCUUAAUGUGUGGGAUGUAGAAGAUUAUUUUUACUUUUAACUGAUCUGGAGAAUAAAAUAAUGUCAGUGUUUGGGAUAAUUCCUCUUCUGUAAAGAAAACGUCCCCAGUUUAACGGCUAAACAGAGCGAGUGCGUCAUCUUACAUACAGUGAAAAGUUCCUUUAUUACUUUAUGUCUCUGUUUAAUGUGCAAUGAAUAAGAUGCAAAGUUGCGAUAUUAUUAAUAAAUGAAUAGUGUCAUAUCUACAUAUUUAAUAUUGGCCUCAAAUGGCAUUCCAUUGUUUUUUUAACGUAGUUACAUAAUUUCAGCAUGACAUUUUGUGGUUACAUCAAACUUUCAGAAAGAUGUAGCAGACCUAGUUCUGCUCUUCCAUCAACGUUUGACAGAAAUUUCAAGUGUAACCAAAAAAAGUCUCUAUUUUAAAACCCCUUCACUCCCACAUGCGUGUAACUGAGUAGUGUUCUUGUUUAGUUAUAUUCUCACCUCAAACAUCAUCUUAAACACAUAUCUUUACAAAGACUCGAUAAUUCACACAGAUUUGUUCACACAGAUGAUAAAGAUGAGGCAGAUCACUCAGAUGCAGGAAUAUAAAGGCUGUGCUGGUGUUCUGGUGAGUUCAUGGAGCUGCACCGAUGACAAAGGGCUCGAUGAGAGAGUUAAAGACAUCAGAGUUAUAGGUUGAAGGGUAUAAUUUUGGGCUUUGCUGUUAGUUAAUGUUUAUGAUUUAAUGUGUCUGUGCUUUAGGGCUAAGGCUUUAGGAAAUAUAAGGUCUAGAGGACGGGGUUUGUGGUUGUAGCAUACGGCUGUAGUUUAUUAUAAUUUGGGGUUACGGUUUUAAUUUCGAUUAAGGUAAAAGAUUUAAGGUUCUGCAGGUUAGUAGGUAAGAGAUUAGGUUUAUAAAAGGUUCAUGGUGUAGCGUCAGUAAGGACACUCGGUGUAAAACGUGUGCCAGAUCGAACAUACGGACCAGAUGACCUGCUGUAGUGACCCCAGACAGGGAACAGCUGAAAGAACAGCCACAACAUGUUGUAAAGGUUAUUCUUAGGGAUUAAGUGUUUAUAGUAAUUAGGGCUGUGUGGAUCCGUAACAAUGUGGAGGUUCAUUCUGGGCAUUAGUGCUCUUCUGAGCUUUGGGAUUUAGUGAUGACAGUUAAGGUGUUGCUAAGCUGUUUGCUAGGAGACAGUAGGGGUGUGUGUGUGUGUGUGUGUGUGUGUGUGUGUGUGUGUGUGUGUGUGUGUGUGCUUUGUUGUAGUGUACCAGGAGAUAAAAAGGUCAUUUAAUUGUGUAUUAUUUUUAUUUUUUUAAUUUGAUCCAAUGAUUGAUUAAAUAAUUGAGAUUAAGAUGUCAUUGGGUUUUAGAGUGGGUCAGUGUGCUCUUAUUACCACCAGAAUACCAACACACACACACACACACACACACACACACACACACACACACACACACACACACACACACACACACACACACACACACACACACACACAAAGACUCCAAGCAAACAUAUUAAUUCAUGCUGUGUCUCUCUCUCGCUCUCUCUCUCUCUCUCUCUCUCUCUCUCUCUCUCUCUCUCUCUGUCUCUCUCUCCUUGUGUGCAAGUGUGUGUGUGUGUGUGUGUGAGAGAGAGAGAGAGAGAGAGAGAGAGAGAGAGAGAGAGAGAGAGAGAGAGAGAUAGAGAGAGAUUAAAUCACACAGAGCUUCAGGACUCUGAACCCUGAGCUUUUUUUCAGAUCACACUUCUCUCAUUUGCCUCAACAGCCAACAGGACUACAUUUCCCAUCAUGCACCAGCACAUAAAGGACCCUCAACUGACCCUGAGGAAGCACUUCUUUCUGUCAUGCUUGAUUUUGAGCAGACUGUCUGAUCCAAGUUGUUAACAUCAAAGAUCUGAGUCCUACAAUAUCAGAGUCUCGGGGUAGAUGAGGAAGAUCAUGUGAGACUGGGACAGUGUUAGAUCGGACUGUCUGAUCUGUGUAAGUUUAAAGGCUAAUCAUUUUGGAUCGGUGUUAGAUUGUAAAGUCAGAAGGGACAAAUGAUCAGUGUGAGGAUGGAAAAUCUGAUCAUUAACAUUGUUCUGAUCAGUUUUAGACUGGAAAGUGUCAUCAUUAGUGCAUUAGAAAGUCUGAUUAGUCCUUGAUUAGAAAGUGUCAGUAGUGUUUCCUGGACUUUGGAAGGUCUGAGAGAUAAACUGGCAGUUUGAUCUGCAUUCAACACUCAUCAAAGUCUCUUUCGCUUUUUAUCUCUCUUUCCUUCAUUCUGUCUGUCUCUGCAUUCUGUCUCUCUCUCUCUCUCUCUCCUCCAAUCUGGCUCUCUCCAUCAUUUUUCUUUCCCACCGUGGCUCUCUCACUCUCUCCUGAGUGCUCGUUCACUUCUCCGCCUGUUCCCAUGUAAAUAAAUCUAUAGAUGUAAAUAUUCUCUAUUUUUCGACUGUCAGUGUGAAUAAUCCUCGUUCAGUAUUAAAAAAGACAGAAGGACAUGGAAGCAUUUGCAUUUCUCUUUUUUGUGAUUGCUCCUCCCAUAAAAUCCCUUCUUCUCUCUCUCUCUCUCUCUCUCUCUCUCUCUCUCUCUCUCUCUCUCUCUCUCUCUCUCUCUCUCUCUC